AUGGCGCCUGCAGUGGCGGAGGCAGAGGCAGAGUCGGCGGCAGAUCUUGGGCGUCAGGUGGGGACAUCGCCGGCGACACCCGACAUUAUCCGCAAGCCAACGCGGGCGUCCGGGACAGCCGCCGCAGAUGGCUCUUGCUGCACUGCUCUGUACACCAGCGCGGCUGCUGGCCCCAGAAAGCUGGACAGCGACUGCCUGGCCUCGGUGCCGUCGCAUGCCCAGGAACAUUCUCAGUCCGCCAUGCCGGAGGAUUUGGGCCAAGUGUGCUGUGAUCCGGUGGGCACGCAGGAGUCCAGCACCUUGCCUCCACUGGUGGGCGAGUCCUCUGGCAAUCUUGCACAGCAAGAGCAGCAGCAGCACCAGGAAGAAGGUGUUGCUAGUGGCAGCGAUGCAGGUGCUGCUUCUCCUGCCCAUACUCCUACUCCGGAGAAGGUGGGGCCCACAUCUCGGAGCUGGGGGAAGAAGUCGACCAAGGGGGUUCAGCGGCUCAAAGUGGCCAAAGAUAAAGUGAUGAAGCCCAAGGUGACCACGCCCAGUACAGUAAAGAAGAAUAAGAAGAAAAUGCCAGAGGAUGGUAAUCAACGUGUUAGUGCUGCCAGGUCUAAUAGUGCAAGGCGCAAGUUGGAUUUGGAUUCAUCAGAAAGUAAAACAUGUUUCAGCAGAGCCGAGCUGAUGGGUAACUUGAUGUCCCUUGCCAAGAUUCAUGGUUUAAACAGUGAACCGACUACGCGCAAGAGGAGCAAGAGAGGGAAGAAGAGGAAACUGAUGGUAGGACACAAGGAAAGUGGUCAGCUGGCACUUUUGCCUUACCAGAGGACUCCAACUGUUGCGGCAUCCUUUGCACUUGAGCCACUUUGGUAUUCAACAGAACUUGAUAUCCCACGCCCUCGAAAUCAUGGGAAACCGCAAGCUAAGGUUUUGGGCCUUACUGAUGAAACAUUGAGGGUGUUUGCUGUUCUGACAGAGUGGGAUAGGAGCAACAGUGAGAGUUUUGAAGGGUUUGAUAUCGGCAGCGGACCUGAAUGGGAUACAACACGGCGCACGUUUGAACAUUAUGUGGAUAUAUUCAUUGCUGAAAUGUUUGCCCUAAUUGGGCCUAGAAAAUAUUCUCAGUGGGGAGGAUCCCUAAUUGAUUCUGUGGUUGGUACUUUCCUUACACAGAAUUCUGCUGAUAAUUUAUCAAGCCAAGCUUUUAUGAACCUAGCGGCAAAGUUUUCUCCAAAGAAGAGACACUAUAAAGCUAAUGCAACUCCAUUAGUAGAUGGUGAUGAUAAAAACGUGAACUCAAAUGAAGCAUUGGAUACGUUUGACUUCGUCGAUUCACAUUUUGAUGGAUACAUUGAUUUUGAGGAAGAAGUUGACUAUGAUACAGAGGUGAAAGGGCAUUAUGGUGAAGAUGAAGACUACAAUAGACUUAUAGGGAAUUUCGCUGCUAGUAUGAAGCAGAAAAACAUUUCUACUUGGGACAGUGACCUUAUGAACUUAGUGAAGGAUAAAUCAGGAAAUCCAGUAUGCACUGAAAAAAACUUGAAAAGGAUCUUAGCUUCACUACAACAACCAGACACAGCAUCUAAUUGGAAAGAGUUACGGGAGGAAGCAUAUAAAAAGGGAUACAAUGACAAAAGUCGAACUGAAACAAGUGAUGUUGUAGAUUGGGAAUCAGUUCUAAAUGCGCCAUUUUCUGAGGUCGCAAAAUGCAUUGCAAUCAGGGGGCAGCAUAACAUUUUGUGUGUGCGGAUACGGGAAUUUCUCGAUCAUGUACAGAAAGCUCAAGAUGGAAGCUUUGACUUGGAUUGGCUUAGAUUUAUAUCACCUGAAAAAGCCAAAAAAAUUCUGCUCAGUAUACAUGGGUUUGGAGUGAAAAGUGUUGACUGCCUUUGCCUUUUGUCAUUGAGGCAUAGAGCAUUUCCAGUUGAUGUCAACGUAGCUCGCAUAGUGACAAGGCUAGGAUGGGUCAAACUUGAGCCCUUAAACGGUGCUGAUUUCCAUCUAAUUAACCUAUAUCCGCUCUUGGAUGAUGUACAAAGGUACUUAUGGCCUCGAUUGUGCACCAUUGAUAAGGAAAAGCUGUAUGAACUGCACUGUCUUAUGAUAACUUUUGGAAAGGUAGUGUGCACAAAACAAAAUCCAAACUGCAGAGCUUGUCCUUUCAGUGCAAGUUGUAUAUAUUACAAUAGUUUACUUGCCAGAAAGCCGCUUCCUCUUCCAGAGAAGCAUGAACAUGAACAAGGAGAACAGCAAGCAAACAUGGUUGCUUCUGGGAGUUGCACACCAAGUUCUCAACAAAUGUAUCAGUAUCAAAUUCCAAUAAGCAGCACUACAGAAACACCACCCAUCCAUAAUUGCGAGCCAAUUAUUGAGAUGCCACCAAGCCCAGAAUAUGAAUACAACAGAACACCUAAUGAGCAAGAAGAUUCCUACGAAGAUUAUUAUGCAUGUGAUAUUGAAGAUUUUGCACCAGAAGGAGUACAAUAUGAUGCUGAGAUAAAUAUUUGUUCAAGCAAGCAUGUGCUGAACAGUAAUUUUUGGACACUGAACCGUGGAAAGGACUUGGCUGUGAUCAAUCCAAAGGGUAGCUUUGGCCGAAAUAAAAAACUAAAAAAUAUCGGUCGUCUUAGGACAGAACAUAAUGCAUACGUCCUCCCAGAUGAUCAUCUAAUCCUAGAAGAGUUCGAAGACCGAGUUCCAGAAGAUAUAUGUCCUUACCUACUAGUGGUUCUUUCUUGUCCUGAUGACUACACAGUGGAAGGCACGGUUCUGAUACCAUGUCGGACAGCAAAUAGAGGAAAGUUUCCGCUGAAUGGUACCUACUUCCAGGAAAAUGAGGUUUUUGCAGAUUACUCAUCUAGCCGAAACCCAAUAACUAUACCUAGGGAAUGUAUUGGGAUGCUGAAGAGAAGCGUUGUAUACUUUGGUUCAUCUAUACACUCAAUCACAAAAGGUCAAACAAGGGAAGAUAUCCAGGAAUGCUUCAAGGAAGGAUAUGUCUGUGUACGAGCGUUUCAUCGGAGGACCAGAAUACCACUGCGCCUAUGUGCCACACUGCAUGCUACCAACACCAUAAAGAAACCAGCUGGUGAGAAGCCUGUGAAGCGGGGCAGGACAUCGCCGGAAGGGAAGAGGAAGAAGAACGAGACGAAAGCAUCUUCCACUAAGUAG